UAAUUUCCUCAAAGAAAAAGCCUCUAAACCUCGUUUUCUCUCUUUUAUCAUAGCGGGGGGCUAAAAGGAGUUUUCAUUUUUAGCUCCCCAAUUAUCAUUCUUUCUUCUCCAUUUCCAAAUAUGUAAAUAAUUUCCAAUAUAUUUUUAAUUUUUUUUUAUAAUUUAAACUUCAUAAGUUGAGGGGUAAUUAAGAGAUAAAAAGAGAGAUCCUUUGGGAUUGGAAAAUGGGGUAUAAAAAGGUGGCCAUCCCCAAACAAUCGGAUGAAGAAGAAACUACAACAGCUCUCUUAUUUUCCCAAGACCAUCAAAAUAUCAACAAUAAUAGGAGUAGUUAUACCACUAUAACUCAACAAAACCCUCUUUCUCCUUCGUCGUCUUCUCAAGGCGCUAAUUCUUCUUCUUCUUCUUCUUCGAGCUCAUUAAUGACGUCUUAUGACCCAGAAAAUGGUUCUCAUCCACCUACAAAUGGUAGCGCCUCCGUUAAUAUCGAUAAUUCUAAUCACCACCAACAACAACAACAACAAACAGUUGUUAUUCCCGAAACUGCCCAUCAGAUUAGCACUGAUUCAUGGCUGCAAUGUGGGUUUGUUCUGACGACUGGGAUAAACAGUGCAUAUGUACUGGGAUAUUCUGGUGCCAUCAUGGUCCCACUUGGAUGGAUUCCUGCAGUACUUGGUUUACUUGCUGCUACUGGAAUUUCUCUCUAUGCUAAUUCCCUUGUUGCCAAACUUCAUGAAUAUGGUGGCAAAAGGCAUAUCAGAUACAGGGAUCUUGCUGGAUUUAUUUAUGGUCCAAAAGCAUAUUCACUUACAUGGGCUUUGCAAUAUAUCAAUCUUUUCAUGAUCAACACUGGAUUUAUUAUCUUGGCUGGUUCUUCUAUCAAGGCUACAUAUGUUCUGUUCAGGGAUGAUGAUGUACUGAAACUUCCAUAUUGCAUAAUCAUUUCGGGGUUUGUAUGUGCACUUUUUGCCAUAGGGAUUCCUCAUUUGUCUGCUUUGAGAAUUUGGCUUGGAGUUUCAACGUUCUUCGGUCUGAUUUACAUAAUUAUAGCUAUUGCUCUUUCACUUAAAGAUGGAAUCAAUUCUCCGCCUAGAGACUACACUGUACCAAGUGAAAGAGGCAAAAUCUUUACAACUAUUGGAGCAGCUGCCAAUUUGGUUUUUGCAUUUAACACAGGAAUGCUUCCUGAGAUUCAGGCAACAGUGAGGAAGCCUGUGGUUGGGAACAUGAUGAAGGCCUUGUACUUUCAGUUUACAGUUGGAGUUGUACCCAUGUAUGCUAUUGUUUUUAUCGGUUAUUGGGCAUACGGGAAUAAGACAUCAUCCUAUUUGCUGACCAAUGUCCAUGGUCCCGUUUGGUUGAAGGCUUUGGCUAAUAUCUCCACUUUCCUUCAAACUGUCAUCGCUUUGCAUAUAUUUGCAAGUCCAAUGUAUGAAUACCUAGAUACAAGGUUUGGGAUCACAGGAAGUGCAUUAAACCCAAAAAACUUGGGAUUUCGAGUACUUAUAAGGGGAGGUUACCUAGCACUAAACACAUUCGUAUCAGCUCUCCUGCCUUUCCUAGGGGAUUUCAUGAGUCUAACGGGAGCCAUCAGUACUUUCCCGCUCACCUUCAUCCUAGCAAACCACAUGUACUACAGAGCGAAGAAGAACAAGCUCAGCACUGCAAUGAAAAUAUGGCUCUGGAUUAACAUUGUUUUCUUCUCCUGUAUGGCUAUUGCUUCAUUCAUUGCUGCUUUGAGACUAAUUGCUACUGACUCCAAAGAAUACCAUGUCUUUGCCGAUGUAUGAAGGAUUACAUAUUAAUUAUAUUUAUACAUAUAUUUAAGCCCUUUAAAUUAGUCAAUUAGGUUUGAGUAAUAUGCAACUACUAGUUUUUUUACCUUAACUUUAGUGUACACAUCCUAGUACUUGGGUUUUUCCUAUGAUUCUUCAUAGUGGUAAAAAUGUACUGCUUUGUAUUGGAGAGAAGGAUGAAAAAAUGAAAUAAUAAAAAUAGGGGGAAGAAUAUUAAUUUUCCCCCAUUUGCUUUC